UCGACGUCGUUCGCAGUCCAGUUUGGAACUCGCUGAUCGGCGGACGUGUUUUGGGAUUGGCCUUCGAGAAUCUUAGAAAAUAACCCGAAUCGAUUCGGGAUGAACUCAAUUUAUACAAGUUGUGGUUAAAUUUGAGUAGAUUGUCAAUUAGGUAUUCUUAUAGGCAUAAAUAAUUAGUUUGAGAAGUUUGGCUUAUCGAAUUAUUGGUUGACAAGUGAUUGACACCACCUCUCCGGUUCAGUGUUAAAGUGUUAAGUCUCGAUCAAAACGGACGGAUGCUAAACAAAUCUGCUGGUUCUCCGUAAUACUCUUUGAAGUUUUGAUAAUUGCAACAGUACUGAUUAAGACGUGAGUGUUUUCAAGUGUGAAUCAACCAUCUCUCUUCCGUAUCCCGUGAAACUAUCAGCUUCAAGAAUUCUUCAACGGGACAAGUGCAGUUUCGAUAAAGUGUAACGUUUUAAAACCGAUCGCGGUGUGUGAAGCUCGUUUCGUUUGUUCAAAAGAAAAAAUUCAAAUUCGAUUCGAUAUCUACCAGUUCAUCGAAGUUCCUCAACCAUCAUAAUAUUUCCGAGCUCUUGACAUCCAUCCCUGGUGCUGAAUAGCAGUGGAGGUGGAGCAUUUCUUCUUCCUCAUCAAGCUCAAGCUAACCCGAUCGACCCGAUCGAGGUCCAUCCUUCCAGAUUAUUUACGACCUAUCGAAAUCAAUUUGAGAGGCGCUAAUUGGGCCUUUUUCGGUGUUCUGAAAACGAGAGACUCGCUGGCCGGCCAGCUGGAGGCUGAUCAUCGAUGAAAAGUGAAAUAAAUUGCUAUCAAUCCCUCUCUGUUGGAAACCUCCAUCCCUGGGUGUUGUUGUUGUGGUGAAAAGAUCUCGGGUGGAAGAACGAAACGACGUGCAACGCAUGGACGACAAAUACGCAUCAAUUCGCGCAACUCGACCCCCGCGCCACUUCUCGCUCGCGCUCAGCAGACACGUCGGAAAUCAAAUAAAUAAAUUUAUUAUCAAAUCAGGUCAAUUUGUAUUAAAAGAAGAAACAUAUUGCGAUUGCCGCGGCUGCGUCCGAAUACAUCAGAAUACGCCCGCUCCGGAGCAACGUGAUCAUCUGUUUGGCCGACAGCUUGCUCUAGGCUAGGAGGAACAAUCAGAAAGCGCCGAACCUCGCUGAUACGAUCACUCUGCCUGGUGUGAUUGUUCAGAAAUGCAUUCUUGCUCUGUAGCGACGUUCUAGAGCUAGUAGAUAUGACAACAACGAAGAUCACCCCGAGGGUCUGCUAGUAUUUAGUGUAGUGAGAAAAUCAACGCGGAGACUCGAAGCAACACGUUCAAUCUUAAUCGUGCAGGCAGCGGCCAAAGUCAGAACCAGAGCCAGAGCAGUACUAUAGUUGCAAUCUUGCGGUCUAGCCGAACGAAACAGCUGCAGCGAAAUACAUACAAGAAUUAAGGAAGAAGAAACUCCCUAAUUAAGGCCGAGGAACAAGAUUGUGCUGAAUCUUCCGAGUAAAUAAAACCAAAAAGUGAAUAGUGUUCGCAUAGGGAACAUCUUGUUUGUAAGUCUCAACAACUACUAAAGCUACUAAGUGAGUGGUGAUAAUAGAAGGAUGGUCACCUUUUGUGCCGUGAACCGGUUCACGCGUGUAGUGUAAACAAAUGUAACAAACGCACAAAAGUUGGUGCUCGGAGUUGAGUGAGUGGAAGUGCUACGCGCAUCUACGCAAAAGAAGCUGCGCGUAUCCUGCCUCAAUUCUGAAUAGAGAUAUAGGUAGCAGUUCUUGAACGGGUGCGGGUAAUAAAUCACCACGAACCUGUCAGCGGGAAUUGGAUUUUCAAGUUGCGGGGCCUUUUCAACGAUUGUGUUUCUAUUGGGUUGCGGCCAAAUUACCAAUUGAACCAAACUCUGGCAGGAGUCCAAUAAAGUGCGCGAAUCGAUUGGCUGUAGGGUUUUGAAAGCCAGAGAAGUUCUAUGCUACUGGAAGGAAAGAGAAGAAAAACGAUGAAACUGACCAUUCUGUGGCUGAUAACGUUGGCGUUGCGCGGGGCGCUGGCGAUUCCCCCCAAGUCGGAACCGACCACGAUUUCCGAGUGUACGGCCAAGGGUGGAGAAUGUGACGAAAGUAAAGGACGGCCCGUUUGUGGCACAGACAACCAGACCUAUCCGACCCGGUGCCAUUUGAUACGAGCGCAGUGCAGCGGUCAUCAGGUUAGCCUCAAGCAUCGGGGAACAUGCAAAGACAUCUGUUUAGCAUCCCGGACGUACGCACUGCAGCACCGGGCUACCUCCCGGAAUGGGGUAAAAUUCGUUCCGCGGUGCCGCGAAGAUGGAACCUACGCACCGGUCCAGUGUCUCGAAGGCGUCGGCUGCUGGUGCGUCAAUGGCCAGGGCAAGCCACUUCCGAAUACCACGGUCCAGCACGGAAAACCGGUUUGCGUCAAGAAGGGAAAAUCUAAUCAACGCCGAUCUUCACCCCGUAAUCCGGUUAGGAACAAUAAACGCAGUUGUUCCCGAAUGGAUCGGGCCGUGUUCAAUCGGAACCUGCUGAAGCUGUUCGAGAACGAGCACAUUCGGGUUCAGCAGAACGUGAAAGGGGCCAUCGGAGGCUUCAACACCAUGGGCUUGAUGGCCAAUUCGGGUGGAGUGCCGAGCGAAAAAACGGUCCUAGAGUGGAAGUUCGCCUCGAUCGACGGAAACCGGAACGGGGUGCUGGACAAAAACGAAUACCGGGAGCUGAAGCGGCUUAUUAAGAAGGUCGUUAAACCGAAGCGCUGUGGUCGAUCGUUCGGUAAAAAUUGUGACGCCGAUCAGGACGAACGUCUGUCUAGGCUUGAAUGGGCCAACUGCUUUUCUAAAGAUAACCUAACACCCGAACUCGAUCUCUACUCUUCAUCCUCAACCUAUCACCUUCAUCACCAAAACCAACAUCAUCAACAUCACCCUCCAGGUGUGGGUCUGGCCGGCGGAAGUGGCGUUGGCAUCGGUGUCGGUCACUUGGCCUCGUCUUCCUCCUCUUCUUCGUCCUCUUCUUCUCCAUCUUCCACCCACCACCACCACCAUCAAUUCCACAAUUCGGGGCCCACGAGCUUCCUCCGAUACGAUGACUCGCAGCAAAAUAGCUCCAACGAUUACACUGAUUUUGACGAUGAAGAUGAUUACUCAGAAAAUGACGACGAUUCGGACGAACAGCCCGAAACCGAUAACACCCUACUCAAUGGACUGCACUUUAGCAUUGCCGGCAAACGGUUGCAGCCCAAUCUGUUGCUGCAACAGGGCAAAACCACCCUAAAUCUGCGAGGCGAACAGGACCCACUCUUCAAGGACAGCGAGGCGGAAUCGGACUGCAUGAGCGAUCGAGCGGCCGCUCUCGAAGAACAACGAGGUGGUGCCACGGCUCUCUACGUUCCGGAAUGUACUGCUGAUGGACGGUAUCAGCGGGUUCAAUGUUAUCGAUCUACCGGUUACUGUUGGUGUGUUCAUGAAGAUACCGGUAAGAAUAUUCCUGGAACCUCGACCAAGGACAAACGGCCUCAAUGUGACAUUUAUCCUGCGGCCAGUGGGCGACAGAUGAGGGGAUGUCCAGACGAUAAGAAGCUGGAAUUCCUGAAAGAUCUGAAGGACUUUUUGAAACAGCAGAUUGCAAGCAACUCGGGAACGGUUGCCGACACUGCCAAAUGGGGAACGGAGGACGAAAAAAUUGCCACCCUUAGUUUCGUUCUGCUGGACAAGAACAAGAAUAAGGUCUGGGAGCGAAAGGAAUGGAAAACUUUCCGGGAACUUGUCACUGCUACCAGACAACUCCGCAAGUGUGGCAAGAAAAUGCCUCGCUACUGUGACGUGAACAACGAUCGGAAGAUUACCCUCUCGGAGUGGCUCAACUGCCUACAGACUCAGCGUGCUCCGUACGUGGAAAAUGGAGCUGCGGCCAAAUCAUCCUCGUCCUACACUGGAUCUAGCCAGUACUCAUCGUCGUCUUUAGGUUCAGGAACCAACAAUCCUCACUCAGACGGCUGGAGACCACCGCUUUCGGCAUCGUCCACUUCCAAAUUCCGGGGUCCAAAUCCGCUGGAAUCGGUUCUCAAAAGUGAUUGAACACAUUUCGUGGUGCAGAGAGGGGAAACAUUUUGUACACUACCCACAAUUAAUGAAUGAGACUUAAGCAACUCCACUGAGAUGAGAGGCGGGCGAAUCUUAUCCAACAAUCAUACUCACAAUGACGAAAAAUCUCAAAAAAAGAAAACGCUGUUAUUACUGUAAACAACAGAAUUGUAGUGCCAUGCUUCCUGUUUAGGUGAACGAGCAAACAAAUAGAAACAACUGCUUCCAUUUUAAGUGCGCACGGGAAUGAGUGAACCAUGAUGCAAUGCUACUAAUACUAUUACUGCUAUCAUUAUUAUUAUUUUAUAUUGUAACGUUAGAUUUUGAAACUAUUUUUAUUUGUAUAAAAAACGGUGUACCAGUGAUAUUUUCGCACUUUAUAUCGCACACUUUCUUGCUAGGAGCCCUGUUCAUGAACCAUCCUUUUACUUCUUUGCAUAUAUGUAUGUAGGUGAGAAUUAUAGGACCAACAGUCGAAUCCUGUGAGCUUCGAUUGUUUUUAAAACUUUUCUAAUUUUUUUCAAAACGACGAAUCUAUGAACAAGUUGCCCCGAAAUCAGUAUUAAAUAUCGAAUUGUGCAUGUGCUAAAACGUCGAAUCUUUCAGUUGAUUUCGAUUAUCAUUUAAAAAAAAACGAACAACAAAUCGACUACAUAAGUGGUCACUCUUGAGUAGUCGGAGGUGACUAAAAAGUGCGUGUGAUAUAUGUUAUUUAAUUUAAAUGUGUACGUUAUUUUUCGUCUAGAUUGUAGUUGUUUUUUUUUUUAAUUGUCAAACUCAUUUAAGUCUAAAAUUGUAAUUUUGUUUAAGGAGUUCUGUCUUAUUAGUUAGUAUUGGUAGAUUUUGAUUUAAGCAAACAAUACAAGCAAACCCUACGAGCGCAAAGUGUAUAGUUUCGAUGUUUAUGUUUUAGCUUUUUUUUUAGAGUGUCGUUAGUAUGCUGUUGCUGCUGCAUCUGGAUGGCAUCUGGUGGGUGAAAGAGGGAUUAUUUUGGAUGUAAAUCGAAAAAAAGGAUGAAUCACUCCUUUUAAACUCGUACUGACAAGUAAACCAUGUGACAAUUGUAAAAUAUACAUACCAGCAUCCAUUUAAAA